AAGUGCCGCGGAGAAAUGGAGGGGGGGGAGGUCGGAUUUCUGCCUUAUUCACGAGUAGGGAAAACCAAGGAGGGCUGUGUGUCAGUCUGCCGCUUUCCAGGGGGCUCCGGCUGUUUUGAUAGGCCUGGAAUCUUGCUGAACCAUUUAGGACGGUUCGGGAAUUGCUCUUGGGGCGAGGAAGGUUCCCACGAACGAGUGGCUGAAGCCAAACCCAGCCCAGGUGCCUUAAGGAGGGUUUCCUGUCGGAUAAACCUCAACCAUCAACUUCAGGAUCGUAGGCGCAUCCUGACAGCGCCGCAAGACUUAAAAGACUUUGGGGAAGAAGGAAAGGGGGGGGGGGGAAAAAGGCGCUCCCCCGCCGCCAGGGGUUGCUCGGUAGCGCCUCCUCCUCCUCUUCCUCCUCCUCCUCCACCCGCGCCUGGCGUGGUUUUCUUUUUUUUGCACGGCGCGCGCGCGCGCACAGCCACCCGCACGCAGCCCUCGCUGUUCCGGCGACCCCCGUUGCGCCGCGGCCCCCCCGGGCGCGAAAGGGCGAUCCCGAAGCAGCAGCAGCAGCGGCGGCGGCGGCAGCCAGGAGGCAGGGGAGGAAGGGAAGAGGAGGAGGAGGAGGGAUGGCCUGGCCAUGCCCGGGGAAGCGGCGCUAGGGAAGAUCGGAGCGCAUCGUUGGCUGCUUGGCUUGGCUGCCUCUUCUCGGCCCCUGGAGCCCGGAGGCAGGCAGGGAGGGAAGGAAGACCACCGACGCCGCUGGGGACUGGACAAGCCAGCUCCGGGCAAGCGCUGGACCGUCCCGGGGAGCCGGAGGUGGCGGUGGCCAAAAGGGGUCCAAAAGGCUUCACCCUGGGACGGCCAAAGGCACCGGGCGCCAUGGCGACGGCAUCGCCGACAGCCGCCGUGGUGACCGCCACCGUGGUGACCACGGCGGCCGCCAUGGACUUGCGUGACUGGAUCUUCCUUUGCUACGGGCUGGUGGCCUUUUUGAGCGAGGUGAUUGACAGCACGACCUGCCCCUCUGUCUGCCGGUGUGACAACGGUUUCAUCUACUGCAACGACCGGGGCCUCACCUCCAUCCCGGCUGACAUUCCGGAUGAUGCCACCACCCUCUAUCUGCAGAAUAAUCAGAUCAAUAACGCGGGGAUCCCUUCUAGUUUGAAGAAGAAACUCAAUGUUCAGGUCAUCUACCUCUAUGAAAAUGAUCUGGACGAGUUCCCCAUCAACCUGCCCCGCUCACUGAAGGAGCUGCAUCUGCAGGACAACAAUGUGCGUACCAUCGCCCGGGACUCCCUGGCCAGGAUCCCUCUGCUGGAGAAGCUACACUUGGACGACAAUUCCGUCUCUACUGUCAGCAUCGAAGAUGACGCCUUCGCCGACAGCACCCGCCUCAAGCUGCUCUUCCUCUCCCGCAACCAUCUCAGCAGCAUCCCUUCCGGGCUGCCACGCACCCUGGAGGAACUUCGCCUGGAUGACAACCGCAUCUCCACCAUUCCCCUCCAUGCCUUCAAAGGCCUCAAUAGCUUGCGGCGUUUGGUGCUGGAUGGCAACCUGCUCGCCAACCAGCGCAUCGCGGACGACACGUUCAGCCGCCUGCAGAACCUUAGUGAGCUCUCGCUGGUGCGCAACUCCCUGGCGGCCCCGCCGCUCAACCUGCCCAGCGCCCACCUGCAGAAGCUGUACCUGCAGGACAAUGCCAUCAGCCACAUCCCGUACAACACCCUUUCCAAGAUGAGGGAGCUGGAGAAGCUUGACCUGUCCAACAACAACCUGACCACUCUGCCCAAGGGCCUCUUUGAUGACCUGGACAGCCUCUCCCAGCUCCUGCUGAGGAACAACCCGUGGUAUUGCAGCUGUAACCUCAUGUGGCUGAGGGACUGGGUCAAAGCCCGAGUGGCGGUGGUCAAUGUCAGAGGACUGAUGUGCCAAGGGCCUGACCGGGUCAGAGGGAUGGCCAUCAAAGACAUCACCAACGAGAUGGACGAGUGCUUUGAAGUCAGCCAGCAAAGCAACUCGGCAGUGGUGGCCAAAACGACGGCCAGUAACGCUGCCGUUACCACCCCGCAGGGCUCCCUUUUUACCCUCAAAGCCAAACGCCCAGGCCUCCAGCUGCCCGAUUCCAACAUCGACUAUCCAAUGGCCACCGGGUCAGGAGCCAAAACCCUGGUGCUGAACGUCAAACCGCUGACCGCCGACAGCAUCCGCAUCAGCUGGAAGGCAUCCCUCCCGGCGGCCUCCUUCCGCCUCAGCUGGUUGCGCCUGGGUCACAGCCCGGCCGUCGGCUCUAUCACUGAGACGCUGGUGCAAGGUGACAAGACCGAGUACCUCCUGACCGCCCUGGAGCCCAAAUCCACCUACAUCAUUUGCAUGGUCACCAUGGAGACAGGCAACACCUACAUCCCCGACGAGAGUCCCGUGUGCGCCAAAGCCGAGACAGCCGAUGUGUACAGUCCCACCACCACCCUCAACCAUGAGCAAAACCUGGACCCCAUGGCUGGGCUACCCCUGGCAGGGAUCAUUGGCGGAGCGGUGGCCUUGGUCUUCCUCUUCCUGGUCAUGGCCGCCAUUUGCUGGUACGUCCACCGGACCGGGGAGCUGCUGACGCACGAGCGAGGCAGCCGGAAGAAGGACGACUACAUGGAGUCAGGCACCAAGAAAGACAACUCUAUCUUGGAGAUCCGAGGGCCCGGCUUGCAAAUGAUCCCCAUCAACCCUCACCGGGCAAAGGAAGAGUACGUCAUCCACACCAUAUUCCCUUCCAACGGAACCAGCCUUUACAAAAGUACCCACACAAUUGGCUACGGCACAACUCGGGGAUACAGAGAAGGGGGCAUCCCAGAUGUAGACUAUGCCUAUACAUGAUGCAAAGGUUUUCCCCUCCUUCCAGAUGCAUCGUGUCGCCCACCCCGUGCCCACACUCCGCACUCCCCCAUUUUUACCCCCUCCCCAAUCUCUCUCCUCUCACAUACACACACACACACAGAGACGCACACACACACAGGUUUGGGCUUGGAUCGGUUCUUUGGUUGGGUGGUUUUAUUUUUUUUGCCGAGAAGGAAAAGAAACACCGACUUUACAUUUUCCGAGCCGAACCCGCUGGAACCGAAGGGGAGGGGAAGGGAAGCGAAUUUUACAAACCAACCUUAUUUUGUAGGGGAGGGGAAGACAAACAAAACCCACACAGCGUACACAAAAGCAAGUUUUGAAAAGUAGAUACGGAGGGGGACGAAAAGACCUAAUUUAUAUUUAAUAUCCCAGAUUUAAACAAACAAACAAAGGAAAAAGGAGCAAUCGGGAGGAACCAUCAUGAAUGAACGUUCAGUUUUAUUGGGGUUUGUGGUGGGCCUUUUCCCCGCGAGGGGGGUAGAAGGGAACGGGGAAGAUUCUAGAGGAAGGCAGAAAUGAUACUGAGGAUCAAAAAAAAAAAAAUUGCUACCUGUUUUAUCUUUCUUCCUGUAUAAAUCUUUCUAUUUUGUUCAGGGGUUAGAUUAUAAAAAAAAAGAAAGAAAAAUCGACACACUUGUCGUGAUGGCUAAACUGUCAAAUGUUCUGGAGGAUGUGUGGGAAGAUUGUUCUUGUUUUGCACCCCAUAAUUCUGCUUUCCUUACAGGUUCUGGAUUUAUUGUGCAAAAUCAAGAAACAAUACAGUUCGGGGGAGGUUCUCUCCGCCCCGUUUCCCCCCCCCCCAAUUUUUCUUUUGGGGGGGGGUUUCCUGAAAAGUCGCUCUUUGUCACAAUUCAAGAACCUUCUGGUUGUGUUCUUCUGGUCAAUGCGGCUUUGCUGAUAAAGCUGUCCAUCAUUACCUCCUCCUCACACCCAGCUAUCUCUUGGGACAGUUCAUCGAGACGAUUCUCUUCGUAGAAAUAAACUCACCGUGUAGCUCCUGAGUUUUUAGCAAAAAAAGAAAAGAAAAGAAAAAAGGAAGAAACUGAUAUGUGAAGAUGGGACAGGCCAGCAGCGUCUUCCAACCAGCAAGAUAAUCAAACCUUCCAUGGUGGGGGAGGGGGGGAGAGGAGGGGCUCUGAACUCCCAACGAAUCUCAGGUUCACAUGUGAAUGGUUUUUCAGAUGUUAAGGAAAGGGGGAGAGAAAAUGUGAUUUUUGUGGUCCAAAGCCUUUGGCAUCAGCUCAAAAGACCAGCCAGGUUGUUCUCGUGGGCAGUUUCCCAGGGAUGGUUCAAAAGUCUUAACCUCAGUAUUCGCUAACUUGAGGAGAAUUGGGGGGGGAAAAAGAAGGUCUAAUUGUAGAUCUAGGUGGUUCCCCGAUAGUUGCCGUGAUCUCCAGGCCACCUCAACGCAAGGAUCCAGUCUCUUCAAUCCAACUUUGGGACUCAUCAAACCCAACGUGACCGCCACCUUCUCGCCUUCCGAGGUCGUCCCGCCUUUUGAAGUUCUCGCGUUAGGAGGAGGAGGAGCUUCAGGCAAGAGGCAAGCCCACGCGGCUGCCAUUUUCUCAGUUGUACCAACCAAUUUGGAUCGCUCUUUCGGAUUCAGGGCAGCGGCUUGUUUUUUUUUCCCUCCAGAGCAAAUCUGGAGGCUCAAAAAAAUAAAAAAAAAUGCAGAAUUACUGUAGCAAAAGAUCAGGAGGCUGAAAAGUCGGUUAGAUUCAAAACAACUGUCUAUCUUGGGGAGGGUGGCCCGAUUUAUAAUGCGGUUGCAGUGAGGAGGAAGAUGGAAUUGGUGAAGUUGAGAGCAAUGGAUUAGGAGCAAGCCAAGAUUCAGCGUUAUCUGUCAACACUUAGCGCAGGGGUCUCCAACCUUGGUCCCUUUAAGACUUGUGGACUUCAAC